CUUCUUUCGUGCUCUCCAAGAACCCCCAGUGCAGAAGAAAUAGAAGCCUGAUUCAGAGGCUAAGUUACCUGCAGUAAAAGAUAUCUUGGCCAGUAUUAGUGCCACAACACCAGCAGAGUCUUCAGAAGCCCAGGAUGAAAGUACCACUCCUCCAACUGAGCAAAUAAUUUUGGAGGCAGAAUUACACUUAGCAAAGCAAGAGCUGAGCAGUCAACAGAACACCAUACAGUAUCAAAAGACUCACCACUCUGUCUCGAUGAUGACUUCUGAAGUAAUAAGAAUAGAAACUGGCCUACCAACAAAAGAGAUCUUCACUAUUGUAGUGGAUUAUGUGGCUAAAUACAGGGAUUCCAUAUCUUAUUAUUGUGGUUGGAAAGUUGAAUCAAUCACCUUUGAGGAUCAAAUCUUCAUAGCACUUAUGAAGUUACGGCAAAACUAUACCAACUUGCACCUGGCACAGCUGUUUUCAUGCAGUGUUGGAACAAUUUCAAACAUUGUCAUAACCUUUGGACAUGUCUUCAAUAGAUUGUUAUUUGAUGACCUCAUGAGAGCGAUUUCUUCCAGGAACAAGAACAAGCUCUGUUCACCAUCAUCAUUUUCAGAGUUUUCAAGCUGCAGAAUAAUCAUUGAUUGUACUGACAUUGAAGUUGCUACACCAAGCCUUAUGAGUCAGCAAAAUUUCACCUAUUCAAGUCAUCGUGGAAUGAAUUUAUUCAAAGUUUUGACAGGGUUAGCACCAAAUGGGGUGUUGACCUACAUUUGUGACCUCUACCCUGGAUCCAUCUCUGACAAAGAGAUUGUCCAACAGUCGGGUCUGUUAAAUCAUUUUGUUCCUGGUGAUCUGAUCUUAGCAGACAAAGGAUUUCUUAUUCAAGACAUUGUUCCCAGGGGUGUGUCUGUGAACAUUCCACCAUUUCUUGAACAUGGGAAAUUCACUGAAAGUGAGGCUAAGUUAACCAAGUCAAUUGCUAGAUGUUGCAUACAUGUUGAAAGGGCAAAUGCAAGACUUAAAGAUUUUAAAAUUCUCAGGUUUGUCCCUCCAUACUUGAGGUCUCACAUGAACAAAGUGUUUCAGUUAUGUGGAGCUAUUGUUAACUUGCAGUUCCCUUUGAUUAAAGAGGGGUGUGCAGGAACAGACUAUGACUGAAUAAACUAGGGGAAUGCUCCUUUUUCUACUUUGACAAAUUGUCUGUCCAAGUAAUAUUUUCAAAAGCCAGUUUGUAUUAUCAGUUCGAUGUAAAAGUUGUUGUUCUUUUAUUGUCAUAAAGACUGUAGUAAGAAGGUUAAACUUUAUGUUUAUAUC